AUGGUGAUAAUUAUGUUGAUGUUGUUGGGUUGGAGUCAUGGGUGUGUGGAGCAAGAGAGGGAGGCUCUCUUGCAACUCAAACCAUUCUUCAAGAAUCUCUAUUGGCCUAUGAAGGCAGAGGAGACUAGUUCAAACUGUUGUGAGUGGGAAAUGGUGGAGUGCAAUGCCAAAACUGGUAGAAUAGCCAAACUCAAUGUUGCUUAUGGAGCAACGGAGACAAAAUGGUGGUAUCUCAACGUCUCUUAUUUUUUCCCUUUUGAACAACUCACAAGUCUCGAUUUGAGCAACAAUCAUAUAGCUGGUUGUGUGAAGAACCAAGGAUUUGAAAUGUUGUCGUUGAGGUUAAGGAAACUGGAGAAGCUCGAUCUGGAAUAUAAUCAUUUCAAUGACAACAUUAUAUUCUCUUUGAGUGAGUUGUUUAAUUUGAGUUCCUUGGAAGAAUUGUUUCUAGACGAAUCUAGGCUUCACAAAGAUUUUCUUCAAACUCAUGUUGGAUCUUCCACUUCUCUCAAAGUUCUUCGUUUGAGUAGCUGUGGUCUCAAAGGAACCCUACCCAAUCGAGGCUGGUGCGACUUAAAAAACUUGGAGGAGCUUGAUCUUGAUGACAAUGAACUUGAAGGGACACUUCCACCUUGUUUGGCAAAUCUGUCAUCUAUUCGUGUUUUGGAUCUCUCUCACAACCAAUUCACAGGAAAUCUUGCUUCCACUCCCAUACCCAACCUCAAGUUUAUUGAAUCCCUUUCACUACGAUAUAAUCACUUUCAAGUAACCCUCAAGCCAUUCGCAAACCACUCAAGCCUUAAAAAGGUACUGGCCGAUGGUAACGAAUUGAUUGAAGAAUCCACCUCUUAUUCUUGGACUCCAAAAUUCCAACCAGAGGUAUUGAGUUUGUCAAAUUUCAUACCAAAUAAUUCAAAUGCAAAUUUUCCCAACUUCUUAUACCAUCAAUUCAACUUGAGAUAUCUUGGCCUCUACAGUUCAAAGUUUGGUGGAGCAUUUCCCAGUUGGUUGUUUGAGAAUAACACAAGAUUAGAAAAGAUUUACUUGGUGGAUAACUCAUUUUUCGGCCCAUUUCAAUUGCCAUCACAUCCUAAUCUAAACAUGUCUAUGAUAGACAUAUCCCACAACAAGUUAGUUGGUCACAUUCCAUCAAAUAUAUCUUUUAUUUUUCCAAAUCUAUGGAGCUUAGAUCUAUCCGAGAAUUCCUUUCAAGGUACCAUCCCUCCAAGUUUGGGUGAGAUAAUUUCCUUAAAUACUCUAUACCUCUCAAACAAUCAACUUUCCGGAGAAAUAAAAGAGCAUUUUGCUAACACUCCGUUGUGGCUCAUCAAACUUUCAAACAACAAAUUUUCUGGGCUCGUUCCUACCAUGUUUAACCCAAUAAGUUUGGAAGUUUUGCUGUUAGAUGGAAAUAACUUUGUAGGAGAAAUACCUGAUAUCUCAUCAUUGAAGUAUUUGAAAACAUUGGAUAUCAGCCAUAACUCUUUGUCAGGCAAGCUUUCAAGAUCCAUGUCCAAUAUGUCAAGCUUGUCUGAAAUAGGCAUGUCUGAUAAUCUAUUUGAGGGUUCUAUUCCGCAAGAAAUCUGCAAACUUUAUAACCUUGAAUUCUUGGAUCUCUCUAGGAAUAAUUUAUCUGGGCCUAUACCACAUUGUUUCAGUGAAUUGAGAAAUCUAAAUCAUGUCCUUUUGAGAAGAAACAAAUUGAGAGGGCCAAUGACAAAAUCGUUUCUUAAUAUGACCGAUUUGGUUACUUUGGAUUUUGGAGGGAACAAUUUCAGUGGCACAAUACCAAACUGGAUCGGAAACCUCUCAAGCUUGGGGAUUCUUAUUUUGCAAGGAAAUCAGUUCCAUGGUGAUAUUGCUAGUCAGUUAUGCAACUUGAGUCGAUUAAACAUAUUGGAUCUCUCCUCAAAUAGCCUUUCUGGACGCUUGCCUCCCUGCCUAAGUCAUUUUUCGUUUACUAUGGGAUUCCACCUCUCGUAUCCUUUUGAGAUAGGUGGGUGGGACAACUUCAACAUUAUGAGGUCUGCAUUGGAAGGAAUGGUAGAGUUUACAUCAAAGAGGAACUCCCUUAAUUACACAGGAUUCAUUCUUGAUCACAUGUACGGAAUCGAUCUAUCUUGCAACCAAUUCUUUGGAGAAAUUCCCCCUGAAUUUGGAAAUUUGAGUAAUCUGAGAGCAUUAAAUUUAUCUCACAACAGUUUGAGUGGUUCAAUCCCUGCAUCAUUUUCAAAGCUAAAGCAGUUAGAAAGUUUCGAUCUUUCCUACAAUGACUUAAAUGGUCGAAUUCCUCCUCAAUUGACCGAGGUAAACACUUUGGCAGUGUUUAGUGUAGCACAUAAUAAUUUAUCAGGCCCAGUUCCGGAUUUCAAAGCUCAAUUCGGGACAUUCAACGAUAGUUGUUAUGAAGGAAAUCCUCUUCUCUGUGGACCCCCAUUGAACAACACUUGUGGUGAGACUCCUUUUGCUCCACUCCCUAUAUAUCCCUCUAAAGAAGAAAGCGUGGAUGAUGGUUUCAUGGACAUGGCGUUUUUUUGGGUGACCUUUGUGGUGACUUACACCAUUGCACUAUUUGGUGUAACAAUAGUCUUGUACAUAAAUUCAUAUUGGCGACAUGCAUGGUUUUACCACAUUGAAUUGUGUUUCAACACUUUUUACUAUUUUCUGGUGGACAAGUUCCAGUAAGUGGUAGACGUGCUGAAAAAUAGUCUUAUGGCUCAGAUUGAUGGUUUAAAGUUCCAAUAAGUGGUACAACUUUGUCAUAUUUCAGUUUGUAAUGGACAAGUUCCAAUAAGUAGUACAACUUUGUCAUAUUUCAGUUUUGUAAUGCA